AUGAGCGCACAGUAUUACAGACGUAGAGCGGGCGUACCUUAUCCCGCCGUAUUCGCUUCGGACGCAUCCAUCGAGGCGGAGCAUCAACAACGACUCUCCGCAGCAUCCAAAUCCUCUGCCGCCACCGCCGCCGCCGCCGCUCCCGGUCCCAAAGCGCAAUUCAACUGCGCUCAAAGAGCUCACGCAAACACGCUGGAGACGCUGCCGGGAUUCUUGCUCUGCUUGUUCGUUGCGGGAUUGGGCAAUGCCGAGUUGGCAGCUGCGUUGGGCGGCGUGUGGGUCAUUGGCAGGAUCUGGUUCACCCUGGGUGAGUAG